CUUCUAUCAAGCUCUUACUAGCGGCCCUGCAUAUCGAGCAAUUUUUGCGAACGCUGUUUUCCAGUUGGAAAAAAAGCUUCGAAGAGCUGGAACAGGACGAGACCCCAGAAGCGGAAAUGGGCAAAGGCGCAAGAACGCCAGACGUGGUAUCAGCAGCAGCGGGAAGCACAAGCAGCUCGUUGCACGACGAUAAAGCAGACACCGCAGACAUGAAUCCCGCUUUGGACGUGCUGAAGGCAGCGGAAGCCGCCAUUGCAGA